AUGAGUGACGGCGUCCUCGAAAAGGCUGACCAUGGCAACAAUGGUUCCACCAGCCCGGAGAAGCGAAGCGCCGAGGUGGGCGAGCUACGCACACGUGCGGUCGCGUUUCGGCCCCAGGAGCGCCUCCUCCACGAUCCAAACGUGACUUUCGAGGAGUACAUGUACUACGCAGCCUUAUCGCGAGCCGAGGAGGACGCAGGCGCCGCGUCGAGGCCCAAGUUGGGCCUCAUGGACGUCCUGCUGCCCUCCAAGAACGGCGGCAUCCGCGAGCUCAAGGGGUCCGCGACGAGCAGCAGCGAGGCCAUCCACGAGCUGAACCUGAGACCCCAAGAUCCGCGCGACCAUCUCAGAAGAGGAGUGGACCAACGCCAAUCUGGAUAUCUCCUCUGGAAGGUAUUCCUCAACAUUGACAGCUAUGAGUUCCCGGCCAAGAACUACGGCGAUCUCGCUUAUCGGCUCUACGGACGGUGGUUCCGCUGGCUCGUGAACACCAUCCAGAGCAUUCAACUGCUACUUUCCGUUGGCAACAUCAUCAUCCAGAACGGCCAGUCCAUCUCCCAGGUUUCCCAGUUUCGCUUGUGCUACAGCAUCUGCUGUCUGAUCUGGGCACUCGCCGGGUACGCAAUUGGACAAAUUAGAACGCUGAACAAGUUCACAUGGCUGGCAAACUGGGCCGUGUUCAUCAACCUGAUGGUAAUGUUCAUCUCGAUGGGUGUGAUCGCACAUAGCGAGCCAAACUACGACGCCGCCCAGGCUGGUGGGGCUGGAGCUGCACUCGGGGGCGCCUCGAUCGCGCCGCUUGAUGACGGCUCCUACCCACCAGUGAGGACUUACGGCACGAUCCCACCAUCCGACAAUGGGUUUGUCGGCGGGCUGGUCGGUCUCAUGCAGGGCGUCUACGCGUACGCAGGCGCGCAGCUGUUCAUUGAGUUCAUGGCUGAACUGCAGCGGCCGCGGGACUUCCUCAAGGUCAUGUGGGCCUCACAGUUCUUCAUAUAUUCUGUGUAUAUGAUUUACGGGUCUUAUGUGUAUUACUUCCAGGGCCAGUAUGCCAAUAGUGUCUCAUACUAUGGCCUGUCUCCUUAUGGCUGGCAGACAGCUUGCAAUAUGUUGGGCGUCCUCAGCGGCCUUAUCGCUGCAGUCUUGUACGGCAAUAUAGGGGUCAAGGUCAUAUACAACAACGUCCUAAUCGAGUUCUUCAAAUUCCCGCCCCUGACGACGCGGAGGGGCAAGCACUACUGGGCGGCAGUCGUGCCCAUCUACUGGACCAUCGCCUACCUCAUCUCGGCCGCCAUCCCCUUCUUCUUCGGGCUCGUCGGCCUGACCGCGGCCAUGUUCUUCGUCCAGUUCACCUACACCUUCCCCGCGCUGCUCGGCCUCGGGUUCAUCGUCCAGCGCGAGGCCAUGAAGGGCGAGCCGCCGUUCGACCCGCACACGGGGGAGGUCCAGCGCCGCGACUCGGGCGUGAAGAGGUGGGUCAGGGGGUACUUUGGCAAAUACUGGUGGGCGUGUGUCUUGUUAACGCUGUAUGCGCUGGGCUCGCUGGUUGUCAGUGGCAUAGGGACUUACUCGUCUAUCAUGGCGCUUAUUGCUGCUUUCAAGACGCCUCAGAUUAAUGCUUUUACUUGCCGGUCGCCACUGGCUGGGUAG